UGAUUCUCUGCUUACGCAGUUUUCAAUCACCAUUUCGUUUUCGUCGUGAGCUUCUCUCUCGUUCAUCGACACAAUCUGAUUCGGUUGAGAAGAAAUGGCAGGACACAAGGUCGCGCAUGCCACAUUGAAAGGCCCAAGUGUUGUGAAGGAAUUGAUUAUUGGUUUGACACUUGGUUUAGCUGCUGGUGGUCUCUGGAAGAUGCACCAUUGGAAUGAGCAGAGGAAAACCAGAACUUUCUAUGAUUUGCUUGAAAGAGGUGAGAUCAGUGUUGUCGCCGCUGAAGAGUGAAUGAAAUGCCUCCCUCUCACUCUCACUAUAUGUUGUUGGCUUGAUUUUUCUGUUUUAUUGUUUCUUGAGAUCUCAGAUAAGUUACCUAAGACAAUGGUUGCAUGAGAAAUAAACAAUCAAUCUGAGAUCAAAAUUGGAGAGUUCACAUUGUUUUCCAGAGAUACAUGAUUCAACUUCAGACAUCUUUCUUGAAUUUUCCACUU